AUGGACGCCACGCAGGAACGGGAACGCCAUACGACCAAUUCCAUUGCGGAGCAGGAGCUCUUCUUCCCUCAGUCGUCGUCGUCGUCGUCGGGGUCUCACGGCCAAGGCCAGCAGCAUCAGUCUGGGCAUCACUCACAGCCUCGAUGGUAUGGGAACAUGGACAACGACUCGCCUAUCGAACCUAGGAGCGGUGUCCCCGCUGUCAAUAUCAUCCCGGCCACGCCCACGACUAUCCGCUCCAACAGCGUACGCUCCAACGCUUCGUACCCAGAGUAUGUUGAGCACAAACAGCAGAUACCGGGCGCCCUUCCUGAGGUGGAGGAAGAAGACAACAUCUAUGACCCGCCAACCCCCAAGAGCCGGUCACCACCGCCUCUUGAGUCCAGGAUUCCGGCCCAUAACAGGGCAUCUACCUUUGACGAUCAGGACAAGUCCAAUGCAGACGAUGAAUACUACGUCUCUCCCAUGACCGAGCCUGCCGUGCCUCAUUACGACACGGGCUUUGCUCAACCAAAUGGCCAGGUUUCUUCACCCGAUAAGGGCAAAGCCACUGAGACGGACGCGGAGCAAUAUUACGACGCGGCGUACUCUCACGAUGAUGGUCAACCCUCUUCGUUCAGCUACGGCGAGGCGGCCGAGGCGCACCCGGAGCCUCAUGUCUUGCACCAAAACACAGAACACACAGGGUACAAUGAUCCUCCUUCAACAUUCGACAAAGACAAAGCUACCGGAGAUCUCCCAGAGCCCGUCAUUGCACACCACCAAAACACAGUGCCCUCAGACUACAAUGAUGGUCCCUCGUCCCUCGACAAGGGUAAAGCCGCCGAGGCCUACCAGGACCGUGACGAACGGCCUGCCUUGCCAGGCCCAAGGCCCGUUUCCACAGAAAUACCCGAUUACUACGCCCAAGAGCGUGGAGGCUACGGCGUAGAUCCCGCGGUUCAAGAGCAGGAGGACCGCGACUAUGCAAUGGCACUGGCACUCCAGGAGGAAGAGGAUGAAGAUGCACAGGCGCCUCCCCUCCCGCAAAGGCCUGCCCAGCCUGCGUGGAGCAGCAACGGGCCUCUCUCCUCCAACCCAUUUUCGUCUCCCGAGGACGAGGACCGCGCCUUCGCCGAACGUCUCCAGGCAGAGGAAUCCGGACAGGCGCCGCCUCUGCCAGCCCGGCCUCAUCCCAAAGCCGUCGCAGAGCUGCUCGCCCAGAACCAAAUGUCGCCUCCGUUCUCCAGAACACCCUCGAUCGAGGGCAUCGCGCCACCUCCCAAGCGCCAAGGCUCCGACUUUGGCAACGACGACCCGGCACACCCCAUCCAUUACACGCGGGACCCUCACAAGCUCAUUACGUACCUGGUCCCUUUCCCGAAGCCGUGGCUGGGGGCCAAGGCGCCCUCGGAUGCCAUCCCAACGCGCUUCCUUAUUUACACGCCCCCGCCGCCGCCGUUGCAGGCGCCGCCGGAGGGCGUCAAGGAGAGCGUCACGCACAAGGUGCAGCGCAAGUGGCAGAACGAGGUCCGUCAGGCCAAGAUGACCGAUGCCAAGACGACGAGCUGGGCGGGGUUCAAGGCCAAGUGCACGCGCGGCGUGGACAAGGCCAUGCAGUACACCACCACGAGCAACCUGGAUUACCUUGCGCGAGUUACGCCUCCGGCCAAGCCGCCUUCGGCCCUGACGCGCAGGCUGUCGCUCAAGGUCAAGGGGAAGAAGGACAAGAAAGACAAGGCGGUGGCGGCGGCGACCGAAGGCGACGAGAAAGAUGGUAAGAAAGACGUUGACGAGAAUAAGGGCGAGGCGUCCGAGAACAAGGAUGAUACGGAGAGGCUCCUGGGCGGCGGCGACGAGGAGAAGAAGGGACACGAAGACAAAUCGCUCGAAGGGAAGAAGACGAGUGAGGAGAAACUCGCCGAGGAGCAGCAACAGGGCGACAGGGAUGAGGAGGACUACUUCAGGUCCCAGGAGAGGGAUGAAGAGCACGACGAACUGGUGGAGGACGACCCGGCGCACGCGUCGCACGAGACGAAGAAGACAGUCGGGGUGGAGGAGAUUGUGUUUGUGUACUCGCCGUCGAUGAACAUGACGCCCGAGGCCAUGAGGGAGGAGUUCAUCAACUCGAUGAUGCGGACGAAGUCCAAGGCGCAGCGGGACGCCAUCAUCGCGACGGGUCUGCUGCCCGUCUCGCUGGCCAUCGACCUCGUCAUGAUUGCCGUGUCGGGGCUCUUUGAGGUGAAUGCCGUAUGGGCCUACUUCACGAUCAAGGGCUCCAAGACGGCGCGGUCCGUCACGAAGCGGCUCGCGUCGUCGUCCAAGAAGCCCGAGUCCAUCGACCCAGAAAAGUCCGAGGCCGAGAUGGCCAAGGAGGACAAGCUGCGGCUCAGCUUCAGGCCGGCCACCCGCAUCGACGUGCUCGCGCGAUACCUCGAGGCCGAGUGUCACCGCCUCGAUUCGCGGAUGUUUCCCCGCUACACCUCGUCGCCGACGGAAGUUGAGUGCCUGGAGGCCAUCGGUUGGUCGCCCGCCCUGACGCGCGGGCAGAAGAACUGGGAGGACGAGGCGUGGGAGAUGAGCGACGUCAAGGAGGACCUGCGGGUGGUGAUGCACAAGGCGGCCAAGGAGUGGCGCAAGUGGUGCAAUCGGUACGAGAAGAGCCCGGAGAAGAGCCUGGCCAAGUGA